AUGGCUGAGCCGAAAAGCAACCAGUUCACUCAGGAGGAGGUACAAAGCAUCAUUAAACAAGUUCUGGACGAGGUGAUUGGCUUAAGCCCGUAUAAUUAUGCAGACAGUUUGAACUGGAACAAACAGGCUGUUGAGCAGAUUACGAAGAGACUUGUGGCACUGAAUAGACCAUAUAAAUACAUAGUAAAUUCCUCUCUUUUGCAAAUUGGUAGUGGAACUGGUAUGAAUGUGAGCACCAUUUCGUACUGGAACAAGGCGACUGAUCUAUCGUGGCAGUAUCGCUGGGAAACAAAGAAUAUCCUGGUCGUUGUGUACGUAUAUGCGUUGGCGACUUCGUAA